UUUUACAUAUGCCGGAUUGCCGGGGUGAUUGGUGAAGAGUAAAGACUAAAUAUUGUAUAAAUAUUCUUGGCAACAAGCAAAAAUUAAUCUAUAUUUUUAUUUCUAAUUAAUUUGUUAGUUAUAAUAUCAAAAUGUCAGACGGUGAUGAUGAUUUUAUGUGUGAAGAAGAAGAGGACUAUGGACUGGAAUAUUCUGAAGAUUCAAAUUCAGAACCAGAUGUUGAUUUAGAAAAUCAAUAUUACAAUAGUAAAGCAUUGAAAGAAGAUGAUCCAAAAGCUGCCUUACAAAAUUUUCAAAAGGUACUUGAUCUUGAAGCUGGUGAAAAAGGAGAAUGGGGCUUCAAAGCACUUAAACAAAUGAUUAAAAUUAAUUUUAAAUUGAAUAAUUACAAGGAAAUGAUGACAAGGUACAAGCAAUUAUUGACGUACAUAAAAAGUGCUGUUACUAGAAAUCAUUCUGAAAAAUCUAUCAAUUCAAUAUUGGAUUACAUUAGUACAUCAAAAAAUAUGGAAUUGCUACAAGACUUUUAUGAAACAACUCUAGAUGCAUUAAAAGAUGCAAAAAAUGAUAGACUAUGGUUUAAAACAAAUACAAAAUUGGGUAAAUUGUAUUUUGAUCGUUCAGAUUUCAAUAAAUUAGCUAAAAUAUUGAAACAAUUACAUCAAAGUUGUCAAACUGAUGAUGGUGAAGAUGAUUUAAAAAAAGGUACACAAUUAUUGGAAAUUUAUGCAUUGGAAAUACAAAUGUAUACUGCACAAAAAAAUAAUAAAAAAUUAAAAACAUUGUAUGAACAAAGUUUACAUAUUAAAAGUGCUAUACCACAUCCACUUAUUAUGGGAGUUAUCAGAGAAUGUGGUGGUAAAAUGCACUUGAGAGAAGGUGAAUUUGAAAGAGCACAUACUGAUUUUUUUGAGGCAUUUAAAAAUUACGAUGAAUCUGGAUCACCAAGAAGAACCACCUGUUUGAAAUACCUUGUUCUUGCCAAUAUGUUGAUGAAAUCUGGAAUUAAUCCAUUUGAUUCACAAGAAGCUAAACCAUAUAAAAAUGAUCCAGAAAUAUUGGCAAUGACAAAUCUUGUUGUCAGUUAUCAAAAUAAUGAUAUUAAUCAAUUUGAAUUAAUAUUAAAACAGAAUAGAAAUAAUAUUAUGGAUGAUCCAUUUAUCAGAGAGCAUAUUGAAGAUUUACUUCGCAAUAUUCGUACUCAGGUUCUGAUAAAGCUUAUAAAACCAUACACUCGUAUUCACAUCCCAUUCAUCAGCAAAGAAUUGAACAUUGAUGUUUCCGAAGUUGAAAGUCUUUUAGUAUCUUGUAUUCUUGACAGUACAAUUAGUGGAAGAAUUGAUCAGGUUAAUCAAGUUCUUGAGCUUGAUAAAAAAUCACUUUGCGCCGCUCGUUACAACGCCUUAGACAAAUGGACAGGUCAGUUGCAAUCGCUUCAUUUAGCUGUUCUCAACAAAAUGUCUUAAUUAGUCUCAGCUUUAGAUAUUAAAAAAAAAAAAAACAAACAAACACAGUAAAAAUAAAAAAAAAUAAAACCCAAUUACUUGUGAAUAGCAUUAUUAUCGUAUAAAAGUCGAAUCAUCUCAACAUUAACACAAGAAAAAUUAACACAACAAUUAUCUUGUAAAAAAAAAAAAAUUAAUAAUGAAUAAAAUUUGGUGAUAUUUUAUACUUAAAACCGACUUUGAAUAAUAUGUAAAAAAAAAAAAAAGAUGAUAAAAUUACCUGAAAGCUGGUCUCUGUUGAUUCGCUCAAUUAAAACAGCUCAAUUAUUUUUUAAAAACAUCUUUCAUUGUUGUAAAUUUUGCAAAAAAUAUACUUGAGCAUUAACAACCAGAAU